GGUCUCAUCCUUCUUGUUGAGUCCGACAAUCCGUGCUCCAUACCCUGUGCUUUAUCAAUUUAAUUAAUUUUGUUAAUCAACUGAUAACACGAGGAGAGAGCCAUGAAGACAGUGGCGGUGAUAUUGCUCCUGGCGAUUGGAUGCUUGGCGAUUAUUGCAAAUGCAUCACCAGUGCCUGAUAAAAAAUCGGAUGUUAAGACCGAUGAGGUUUCAGGCAGACAAGCUGCUGCAGCAGCCCCUCCUGGCGCCGAUGAAGACGACGACGACGAUGACGACGAUGACGACGAUCUUGGUGACAUCGCAGGCGUGGACUACGAGGACGACGACGACGACGACGACGAGACUGAGGACGACGAUGACGACGAUGACGACGACUACCUGGAGCGAUUCAUCGAGGACAUACUCGGGGGUGAGGACGACGACGACGAUGACGACGAAACGCCAGCGGUCGUCGAACCAGUGCAGCCAGCGGUUCCAGUGCAGACUCAGGCCACUGCUCUUCCCGUCAGUGUCCAAUCAGACCUGAACGCCGAGGAUGCAGCCAACGCCGCCGAGGCUGUUGCCGACGUCAACGACUCAACUGGCUCGUACGAGGAGGAAGACAUUCAACCCGAAGGUCAGGCUGUAUCAGCAAUUGAUGGUGGUGAAACUGCUGGUAAUGCUGUUGCCGUCAAUCAGCAAGCCAUAUCAACGCCAUCACAAACUGUUGACAGUGACGAGGACGACGAUGACGACGAUGACGAUGACGACGAUGACCUUGGUUUAGACAUAACUGAAGACGAUGACAGUGAGGAGGAUGAUGACGAGGAGGAUGAUGCUGAUGAAGAGACUGACGACCUCGAUGAUAUUGUCGACAUUGCUGAUGCACGGCGUGCACGUGCCAUGGAGGGGGAAACGGCGUCCGAUGUGUCCGCGAUUUAUGUCGCCAAGUACAAUAGGUUUGUGGAUAAUAUUCUGGGGAGAAUCAACAAAAUUCUGAGGGCCAACUAUGAUCCCGUCACUGUUAAACUCACCAGGAACAGUGUCAAAGCUAAUAAGGGCAAGUCGAAGAAGAAGAAGAAUAAGACUAAGUCCAGGAUUGCUGGCAGGGACUCCGGUGCUGAUGAACCAACGACCACGUCGAACCUGGAAACCCAGUCAACGGAAGCGGGCACGAUCCGUAGUGAUGCAUCUACUGAGAAGUCGACGAGCAGUCGGGCAACUGUUAAAGAUAGUAAACCGAAGAGAACCGUGACCAAGAGCAAGAAGAAAACACCCAGUAAAGGAUCAUCUAAAAAUAAGGUGAAACAAACCAAGCCAAAAUCCAAAUCAAAAACGAAAGCGACUCUCUACGGUCUCUCCUCCCUGAAACGAUCGGGUGAUGUCUCCGUGAACAUGAUGAGCGAUCACACAACAAUAAAAACGAAAUUCAACCUGGGUCCCCUUAUUCUCAAAGUAGAGAAAGAAUUCGGAAAAGCAGCCAAGAAGGAGCUGCGCAAUGCGACAGCCACGACAGCCGAAAUGUCCGGAAAAUUGAGUCUACGUGUGCUGCACGGCGGUGCCGCUACACUCCAUUCCAUUCGGGUCUCCCAACCCAAACAGGUUCAAGUCGACAGUCCAGACGAUCACGACAGAACUCGUGAAUUUGUGUGGCGCAGAUCAUCGCACAUCGCCCACUUGGUAUCGCAGAAGCUCUCGUCUGCGACGAGAUCAAUGCUCCGACCACCACCUGCAGCCGCUGCCUAGAUCUCCAAUUAGUACUUAAUCCGCCAUUAACUUAAUCAUUCGUAUUUAUUCAUCCUAUUUAUUGAUGGAAUUAUUCAUUCGUAGAUGGCUGGGGACAGCUGCUUAAAUGACUGU